AGUCAUCAAUUUGCAAUUCGUAUAUGUUCUUAAGUGGAACUCAUCGUGGAAUACAUUACUCCCCCGUCGACUUCAAGCAUGCCGCCAACAGAGGAUUGGUGACAUCUAAAGGCUUACUUCAAGUCCAACUUGCUAGCACCCAGUCCUGGACAGGUCAUCCGGCGGACGAGGGCUGCUCAUAGCCGUCGUGGUCAAGUAUGCCGCUAUUCUGCUUGGGCUCGAAUGGUUCCGGCCAACUCGGUCUUGGUCAUAACGACGACAUAUCAACCCCAACUAUUAUGCCCGUUCCUGAAGGAUUGAGCACUACAGAGCGGGUGCAGAUCGUCGCUGGCGGCAAUCAUACGAUUCUCUUGACGAGCACUGGUCAGGUCUUUGCAGCGGGAACUCACGAUCACGGUCCUACUGGUGUCGACAUUUCCGAGAGAAAGGAAUCAAGUCCAGUGUUUGUGCCUGUACAGCUGAUCAAGUCCGGGUCGCUACAUCCUUCUCCAGUAAAUAUAUGCGCAGCGACCUGGGAGGCCUCCGCUUUUGUUCUCGAUAAUCGAGUGCUCACUUGUGGAUAUGGCAGCAAAGGAGAGUUAGGCCAAGGGGCUCACCGGCAUACGAGCCCCCAGCCGUGCGAAAUCGAAGGCUUCCCACCACCAGGCACUAGCAUCAUCGACAUAUCCGCAAGCAUGAGCCACAUGGUUGCCGUCUUGAGUGACGGAGACGUUUAUGGUUGGGGAAGCGGGCGUAAAGGUCAAAUAGGUCAGCCCCCUAUCGACAAAUGUUGGACGCCGCGGAAGUUAUCGAGCAUUCCGUUCAAGGCCAUCCGGGUUGUGUGUGGCCGCGAAUUUACGUACAUUGUUGGCUCCCCGGAUUCUGGUGCCCACAUUAUCCUUGGCAAUAACAAAUGGAACGUCAUUUCCGAUGCUCCACCUAGCAUUACAGACUGGAAGGACGUGGGUGCAAGCUGGGGCAGCAUAUAUGUUCUUUUCCGGAGCGGUGAAAUGUUGUCUUGGGGCAGAAAUGACCAUGGCCAGCUUUGCCCAAACGGCCUUCCUCGUAUUUCCAUGAUUGCCACUGGGAGUGAGCAUUGUAUGGCAGUAUCGACGACUAAUAAGGUGUUAGCGUGGGGCUGGGGCGAGCAUGGAAACUGUGGUCUACCAACCGCGCCGAAUGGUGAUGUGCAAGACCGGUGCAACGAGCUCGAAGUUCAAGGUGUCGUUGUCAGCCUCGGAGCUGGCUGUGCGACUUCUUGGAUACAGGUAGCGGAAUGAUUCCGCCGCUGUUCUAACAUUGGUAGUGUCCCAGAUGUCAUGAUUUCGAUUGACGGCAUCCGGAUACCAGAAUUGCACCCGGGGUUAGCUCUUAGCCCCAAAGACCCCGAAUCUGUUCCAU